AUGCUACUCACGUCUCUUCCUGCCGAUGUGCUCCUGCAUAUUUGUGGAGAACUUUUUGUGAGUGACAUUUUGUCGCUUCGGCAGACAUGCAAACUUUUAGAGUCCAUCGGGCAUGAACGCAGCGUGUGGAACGACGCGUUACGUAUUCAUGUCUUAUGUCCGGGUUUUCCAGUGCCAGGACUCCAUGGCAGACCCCUCGCCUCUCUGUCCGCAAGUGAGCUGGAAGGGCUCACGCUGCGGGCCCUUCGCUUCCGAUGCAACUGGACCUCUCCAGCACCUGUCUGCUCGCGAAGAGUGGACAUUUUCCCUCCCACUCUCUCGCUCUCCCGCGCGAGGAAUUUACUGGUUCAAUUUCUUCCGGGGAGAGAGAACCGCUGGCUGUUGACUAUCACGCUAUAUGAUCAGCAAUCUGCACCAAGACGCUAUAUCCUUCAGUGCUGGGAUGUGUCGGUAAAGGAGCCGAUGUGCGUUGCUGUGAUGACGUAUUGGAAUCUUGUGGGCAUCAGUGUUAACUCAGAUCCUACAAACCCUGCUGUCAUCGCGCUAAGUUGGCGAGGGCCAUCCAAAGUGAUCAACACUUCUCUAUACAGAAUCAAUUUCACCUUGGAUGAUCCAGAAUCCUCGUUCAUCUGGAUCAGGCAGUUUCCUAGCAAUCGUUACUCUAUAGCACUAGAUGACUCCAGGCUGAUCGUCAGUGAUGAGGAUAACAAUGUCAGGAUCAUCAAUGCCGAUACGGGUCAGGUUCAAUGUGAACUAUUGGUCCCCCUGCUCUUUGAUGACCCAACGCUCAGAAAUGAGGAACAUCGGUGUCUGGCAGCCUUGAUCUUCGAGCAAUAUGUGCUCACCUUUUGCAAGCUAUGGAUACAUUUAUAUCGUAUCCCAUCCAAAGACCCCUCACUGGUGGAACUAUCUGCCUCAGACAUGAAGCCUCCAAUACCACGUCUUGAUCCCAUUGCUAAGUAUAAAUGGCAAUGGCGGAUCGACAGCCUCGUGAUAUCCCCUCAUCGCAGUCACCUCAACCAGAGAUCGGCAGGAAGCGAUUUUGCGCCGACCUUCCCUUCCAUCAACAUCCUGAUACGCUUUGACACCUGGUUCCCGUGGCCCGUGAACAUCCUCCACCACUUCUUCCUUCCUUCCAAUCCCGCAUUUGUUCCGGCAGAGACGUACGCAAGUACAGAUGUUUCGCAGUUACCGUACCUAUUUUCGUCUUCUCCCACAGACGGCCCCUCCAUGGCGAACUCUAUUCCCUCGCCGGUGCGACUCUUCACGCCUUCUGAUAUGGUGCUCGGCCAGUACGGCACCGCGCUAUGGAUAGAUGCGCAAACAGAUCCCAACGCACCCGCGCAGGCGGGCGAUCACGGCCAGCGGAUCGUCGGGAAAAUGCUGUCUUGUCCUCGCUCGAAGCCCGAACAUGCCAGCGAGGGCGCGGAUGUGGACAGAGUCAGCCCCGGGUUCGUUGAAUCUCGCUAUGCCCUCGACGCCAGUCAGCUCGCGGCUGCGGCAGCAGAUGCACAAUCGCCGAUGAUGGUGUUCAAUCUUCGCGAACAAGACGAAGGGUGGAAUCGAGUGGCGCUGGAUGAAGAAGAGGGGCGGAUAGCUGUCGGUUCGGUCGAUGGGAAGGUGACACUGUUUGAAUAUAUUCCAGAGUAG